UCAAACUAUCACAGGCAACAGCUGUGGGGAAUUUCUCUUUUACAGAUUCUCCCCUGCUUUCGUCUUCGCCUUCAAAAUUUUCCAAAGAAUUACUUUUUCGUGGAAAUCGGAGUUCUUUGAGAUCAAUUUCGUGGCUGUGCUCUGAAGUUGAGAGGUCGGAGGACUGAUAUCGUCUCGGUUGUGGUUCGUCUAAGCGCUUGUGGAGUUUAUUUUAGGGGUUUGUCGCUGCCUUUUUGCUGUUGCACUCGCUUUCUUGUGAUUUAGGGUUUUAGGUUGAAGAAACAAAUUUCAACGGACGGUUCCGAGCGAGGAUAAAUUUCUGGUAAGAGCUGGAGAAAUAGUGAGUGAGAAAUAAUGGUUGCAAAAGAUUUCCACAAAACUAAAGGAUCAGCUAAAGCUGAGGUGGGAGAAAUCGACACCAGCGCGCCAUUUCAAUCGGUCAAAGAUGCUGUCAAUUUGUUCGGUGAAGGUGCAUUUUCAGGGGAAAAGCCUGCCAUUCGAAAGGCCAAACCACAAUCUGCUGAAAGGGUGUUGGCGAAAGAGACGCAGCUGCACUUGGCUGAGAAGCAGUUGAAAAAAUUCAAGGAACAGUUAGAAAAUGCUGAAACCAUUAAAGCUCAAGCAUUGGUAGAGCUUGAAAAAGCUAAAAGGACUGUUGAGGAGUUAACUCAGCAGCUGAAGAAUAUUAAUGAGUCGAAGGAUUCCGCAAUACAGGCCACUGAAGCAGCUAAGCAUCAGGCGAAGCAAUUUACAGAGGCCAACAAUGUCAAGCCUCUGGGAACCGAUGGAUCAUUGAAUAUUGCUCCUAUGGAAACUUCAAGUGUUGAGUAUAUGAAUGCCGUUUCUGAAUUAGAUGCAGCAAAGCAGGAGCUGAGGAAAAUUCGUCAAGAAUACGAAGAUUCCAAGAAAGCGAAAAACAGUGCUGCAGAGCAAUUGGCUAUGGCUGAGGCUGCUGCCAAAGCCAAUGCAGAGAGAGCCGGUGAGCUGUCCAAUGAAAUCGCUAGCGUAAAUGAAUCUGUCGAGCAAGUCAAGCUUGAAACUGUACGAGCAAAGGAUGGAGAAGCGACGGUCUGUUCUGAAAAGGAUAACGAGAAGACAUCAUAUAAAGCCAGGCUUGAAAAUUUGUCGAACAAAUUACUUGCUUUGAAGAAAGACAUUGAUCCCGAACACAUCAAGAGUCUGGAGACUCAACUGGCCAAAACAUUGUCAGAGAUCAAAGUUCUCCAGAACGAAAUGGAGAGCAAAAGAACUGCGGAUCUUGAUUCUGUUAAGACUGUUACUUCAGAGCUGGAUGGAGCUAAAGAAUCGCUGCAAAAAGUAGUCGAACAGGAGGGCGGUCUGAGGACCCUAGUCGAGAGCCUCAAACAAGAACUGGAUAAUCUGAAAAAGGAGCAUUCUGAAUUGAAGGAUAAGGAAGCAGAAACCGAAUCAACUGCAGGUAAUCUUCAUGUUAAGCUGCAGAAAGCCAAAUCCGAGCUGAAAGACGCACUUGCAGAAGAAGACAAAGCACGGGGUGCAUGUGAUGACAUGACUGCGACUGUCAAACAGUUGGCACUGGAGAGAGAACUAGCAAAGCACGAAGCCGAAGAGAUGAAGCAGCAAGCCGAGGAGCUUAAAAGAGAAGCCGAGGCUGCCAGACUUGAAUUAGAAGAAGCCGAAAAGAAACUCAAACUUGCAACACAUGAAGCUGAAGUAGCAAAGGCAGCUGAGGCUAGAGCGCUCGACCAAAUCCGGGCAUUAUCCGAAAAAACCGACGCCGCACGCUCCUCAACUUCAGAGCCCGGCGCUCAGAUAACUAUUUCCCGAGACGAGUUCGAAGCGCUAAGCCGGAAGGUCGAAGAAUCCGAGAAAUUAGCUGAGAUCAAAGUUGCGGCUGCAGUAGCUCAGGUGGAAGCUGUGAAAGCCGGCGAGAACGAGGCGGUCAGGAGACUAGAGGCGACCCGUAAGGAAAUUGAAGAGAUGAAAAUCGCGACUCAGGAGGCACUCAAGAAAGCGGAAAUGGCGGAGGCUGCUCGGAGGGCUGUCGAGGGAGAGCUCAGAAGAUGGCGCGAACGGGAACAAAAGAAGGCAGCAGAAGCAGCCUCGCGUAUUCUUGCAGAAACAGAGAACACCUUCGAAUCGUCCCCACGCAGUUACCAAAUCUCGAAGCAGUCGCCCCUAGUGAAAGGAUCGGAAGCCCGGAAGCUGGAGAAAGCCAAGACUUCCAUCACCAAGAAAGCACUGAUGCCCAGCCUGACCAAUGUGUUUCUUAAGAAGAAAAACCAAGUCGACGGCCGUGCUGCCGGCAGCGGCGGGUCGCCGUCUUACUUGCCGGGAGAGAAGCCCAGCUGGUGAGUUUAAUUUACUUAAUUAUCGAUGUUUUUUCUUGUGUGUGUAUAUUUGAAGCUUUUGUUUUUUUGUGUGUGUAUAUUUUGAGGAUCUUGUUGGUUUGAAGUCAGGAAAUAUUGCUGACUAGUUCUUGCAAACAUGCUUGGCUAAAGUUAUUUCCCUGAGGGGUUUUUGUUUUUUUAACCUGAUGAGUGAUUUGUGUCUUGGCCAAGUUUCUCUGUCUGAUGAAUCUUGAAAUUAAGUUUA